AUGUUCCAAUUUAUCAAAGACUCAUUUGAAUAAGUGGCAUCUAAAGUGAAACAGAGUGGACUUCCUUCCAAUUCUGUUAAAGUCAACUUAAGUCAAUUCGAAGAUCAGUAAUCGUCCUUUUAAACUGCCAUGUAUCAGAAGUAUUUGAGACAAAAGCUAAUCAAUAAAUUGAAUUAAGUAAGACUUCAAAGAUUAUAAAUAAAUUAGUUUGUUGGUAAGAAAGUACUUGUCAUUGAUCAAUUUAUUGCGGAUAUGCUUAAUCUGGUUGUUGAAUCAAUGUAGAUUUGGAAAGAAAAUGGUGUUGAUUAAAUGUAUUACAUCGAUUCUGAUUAAUUGAAUGUAGAAGUUAAUUAGAUUAUAUUUUUGUAAAUUCUGAUAGACAAUACAUGA